GCUCCGUCCGCCUGUCGCCGGGGCGGAGCGGCGGCCAUGGCCGCCCUGCGCGCCCUGCUACGCUGGCGCCGCCGCUUGGGCCCCGCGCCCGGCGCGCAGCCGGCGCGGAGGCUGUGGGGCGGCGGCGGCGGGGCCGGGGCGGCGGGGCUGAGGCGGUGGCGGCGGGAGCUGUGCUGGGCGGCGGUGGGGGGGGCUCUCGCCGGCUACGCGGGGUACCGGCUGUCCGAGCGGCGGCGGGAGCCCUCCCGGGAGCCGGCGGCCGCCGAGCCGGGCGGGGCCCGGGCGCUGCUCCCCAUCCCAGUGGCGGCCGCUGCCAAGGAGACGGUUACAGAAAACAGAUCAGACCUUGAAGAUUUACACCUUUAUGCAACUCCUCGAGAGCAACGGUUUCGUAGGUUUGCCAGUUUAGAAUUUGAAGGACAGCUAUAUAUGACUCCAUAUGACUUCAUUCAGGCUGUCACAAAUGAUGAACCCAAAUGUGCUAAAAAGUGGCGAUCCCUUUCAAAGCAGGAACUGAAUCAGAUUCUUAUGGAGACACCACCAGUUUGGAAAGGAUCAUCCAAACUUUUCCGUAAUCUUAAUGAAAAAGGUGUGAUAUCUUACACAGAAUAUUUAUUCCUCUUAUGUAUUUUAACAAAGCCACAUGCAGGUUUCAGAAUCGCUUUCAACAUGUUUGAUACUGAUGGCAAUGAGAUGGUGGACAAAAAGGAAUUCUUAGUGCUACAAGAGAUUUUCAGGAAAAAAAAUGAGAAGAGAGAAAGAAAAGGAGAUGAAGAAAAACGUGCAAUGCUGCGUCUUCAACUUUAUGGAUAUCAUACUUCUACUAACAGUGUGCUUAAAACAGAAGGAGAGGACCUUGUCCCCAGAAGCUAUUGGGAUACUUUGAGACGUAGCACAAGCCAAGCACUCUUUUCGGACCUUGCGGAGCGUGCUGAUGAUAUUUCAAGUUCACUGUCAGAUACUACACUGCUUGUACACUUUUUUGGCAAGAAAGGAAAAGCUGAACUGAACUUUGAAGAUUUUUAUAGAUUUAUGGAUAACCUACAAACUGAGGUUCUAGAGAUAGAAUUCCUUUCCUACUCUAACGGGAUGAACACCAUCAGUGAGGAGGACUUUGCUCAUAUUCUUUUGAGGUAUACAAAUGUGGAAAACACAUCAAGUUACCUGGAAAACAUGCGCUGCAGAAUUCCUGAAGAAAAGGGUAUCACAUUUGAUGAGUUUAGAUCAUUUUUCCAAUUCUUGAACAACCUGGAAGACUUCACAAUUGCAAUGCAAAUGUAUAAUUUUGCAAGUCGUUCCAUAGGUCAAGAUGAAUUCAAACGUGCUGUGUAUGUAGCCACAGGUGUGAAGCUUUCACCACAUUUGGUAAACACAGUAUUCAAGAUUUUUGAUGUUGACAGAGAUGACCAGUUGAGUUAUAAAGAAUUUAUCGGCAUUAUGAAAGACAGACUCAAUCGAGGGUUUAGGGAGACUCCAAAGUAUGGUUGGAAAGAAUAUUACUCUUGUGUGAUGACGGUAACCAGUGAACAUCUCAGAGAUCUAUGGAAGCAAUUUCGGAGACGAGAUAUGCUGAGAUAAAGGAAGAAAGAAGGAAUACCUGCACUGGUUAGAAGUAUUUAUUCCUAUUAAUUUUUAAUGAAGAACAAACUAACCCAGGUGAAUCAUGAAUCUUCCAGCUGCAGUAGGAAACACAGGACUUCUUUUCCACUUAAUGUAGUGUUCAUCAUCUCUUACAACUGCUUUUCAGAAUGUAUUUUAUUUAAACGAUGAACUAUCACCUGAUUGGCAGAAGUGGUUUUUUUAAGAACACAUUUUGAAUACUACUUUUUAUUAUUUUGAGGUAUGCUUUUCAUUUAAAAGAAAACAAAAAUAAGUUUUACACCUGGGUAGGAAAAUGUUUUGGCAAUGAAGAGAAACUGCCCAUAUCAGCUUAGACUGUGAAUUUGCUUCCAGAAGAGCACUAUUAAACGUUUGUGCUAAAUUGAUAAUGAGAAUACAUUCAGUAACAUAACAAUUAUAUGAGUUGAAUGUACAAAUUAAACUCUUAGAAGCUAACAAUGCUGUUACUUUAAAAAGAGUAAAGCUGUUUUGAUUAUAAUGUGAAUGAUAGGUAUUUACCUAGAAACAGUACUGUAUGGACUAUAAUGGUCAGAUUUUCCAAGUCUUACUAUUAUGUUUAUUAAUUUAUCCUUUAAAAAAAUAGUACAGAUUUUAAGGUGUCUUACAAGCAGUGUGUUGAAGAAAAGUCAAAAUGUUCAAAUUUACAUUAAGUAACACACACUUUGUAAUAUUUAUUAUAAAUUCUAUAGCCGUAUGUAUAAAUUCACUGGUAUAUUUCUGGUAGAGUAAAACUUCAUGUGUUUCUUGUGAAUAAUGCACUUUAUAUAAAAGUAAGACAUAGCACUGAAUAGAAAUUAUAGUUGUUUAAUUUACUACUCUGGAAUGCAGUAUCUGAAAAAUAGAUAAAUAACUCGUGUUUGUGUCAAACCAAAACAUGAAUGCAUGCAGCAGUACAGAGAAACACUCACUAAGUAAUAUUAUUUGAAUAUUAUACAUCAAAUAUUAGACAUAACCUUUUUAAGGCUUAAUUUAUGGACACUACAGGCGAUCAGUAGCCACCAUGACCUUUCAUGCCCUGUAGGUUUAGAUGCUACUGAAACAGUGGUAAGGACACUGUUACAUUUGGUUUUCAUAUUCUCUAAUUUUCUUCUUUGCUAUUCAGCAGCAGCGUUUUUCCUUAGUCACUUUCAAGGUGAUUGUUUGGCAGUGUGAAUUAAACCCAAACACACACACAUUUCCUUAUAUCCUUCUUGAAAAGGUUCACUGGACAUUAAAUAUUAGGAGCAAUCUGUGCCUUGAAAUAUUUCUGGCUGAACACACACACACUAAAACUAAUGUCAAUAAAUUAUCAUCAGAAAGGAAAACAUUUGGUGGAGUCUGACAAUUAAAACAGAACCAAAAUAAUGGUAUUAAGUCUUUUAUUACUCCAAAUACCUGUAAGCAAACUUUCCAAAAUUGUAUUUAGAGCGCAUGUUGCUCAAAUACCAUCUCGUAUCACAUGUGAAUAGAAAAGAUGUAUAGCAUCUGUGUAAGUACACCUACGUUCAGAAAUGUUUAAUUUAUAAUAAGAUUAUCUCUACUAAAAAAAAAAAAAAAAAUGAAAAGGAAGAUUUUUUUUUUUUAAGAAAUUCCACACUGAGAAUCUUAGGAAAAAGAAAAAAAAAAAAACAAAACAACGCUAGCUGUGGCUUUUAUCUGAGAAAAAGCCUGUUUAGAAAGCUUUUGGAGGAUGCUACUUUAGUUAAUAUUUCAUGACAAAUACUUACCAAAUUUCCACCUUGGCAUCCUUAAACUACCGACAACAAGAAAAAUCAAGUAAAUCGGGAUAAAGACACAACAGAACAUGGAUAAGCUGCAAUCCCUGUGUGAUCAUUUAGGGAAAUAAUUGUAUUCAAAGUAUCGUCUUGGUACGUGGAACUGUCUCACUGCUUCUUGUCAGCAUAUGCAAAACCCAGUUUGCUACUUCAGUGAUGAAGGA